AAAUAAAUAAUUGCGAUAACGCUCGCGUUAUCGCGUUAUUUAUUUGUCAUGACAGCGCACCAUCAUCAACCCGCGUGAGAACGUCUGUUGUUCACGCGCAUCUCGUCUUUGGUUCCGUGUGUUCCGGCUCGCCUCGCAUCUCGAAGAAGUAUCUUAGUCGCAUAAGAAUAACAACAUAUCCAAAAAUCCAUAGGAGUCGUGAGAGCGCUCGAGAGUCAAGAGCGUCCACGAGAGAAGAGAAAAAAACGGAUUCGAAAAACGGGCUUUAUUAAAAAUGGCUAUCGUAUCGUAGAUGAAGUUGCGCAUAUUAAGUCGUUAGGGCAGCACAGCGCCCUACCUCACAUACUGGCCAGUCCAAGAUAAGUCAAAGUCCAGUCAGAUUCGUAAGUCAGUUUUCUUUUUCCCGCCCUCCCACUCCUAUAAUUAUAAUUAUGUUGAACUUAUUGUCGUCUCAACUUCACAAGUCCGCGUCUGUCGACGCAGCAAGACAACAAGAGAAUGGGAAUCGACUCAACAGAGCACUAACGGGGAUUCUAGCUCCUGGCCCCAAGUUAGCCAUAGCAAAACCGAGACGAUUGCCAUGGAAUCAAGCCAUAGCUGGUCUAGGAGGCUCAUCUUCUUCCUCGAACACGGCGAAGCCCAUGCCAUACUUCAAGCCUCCGGCACACUGUGCCACAGGCAAAGCAGCUCCGAAGCCAAAGGCGAUCGUCAUGUCUGGAAAACGUAAAGUCGCAUGCGAUAUAGCUUCCAAUAUAGGGAAGUUGGGUAAUGCCCUUUCGAGUCUGGACAACAUGCUCAUCAAUUCUCGCAGCAAUGCAGUCGCUAACUCCCGCAUCAAGUCAUACGAGGCCAUCAUGUCAAAAACUGCUAUCAAGCCUUGGCCUGCUACCGAGGUUUCACUGUAUACCUUUAUAGGUAUCGCAGUGGCAGCAGAGUACGCGCCGACCCCCGAAAUCGUGAGUGACGUCCUUGCGGCGUCCCCGAAGUUGGAGGACUAUAUCGGGUUGAGAACAAGAGAAGUCAUCGCACGUCUCAGGCGAAAAGGAGUCUUUGGCGACCGCAACCAAAAACAGGCGUUGACGCUGAGGAUGAUCGGAAGGCUCAAGUACUCACAAGAUGCUCCAUCGUCUUCAAUAAUAGCACGAGUAGCGUCCACUCUUCUCAUAGCCUUUUAUGGGGCGAUGAGGAAGAGUGAAGCAGCGUCUGUCGUCUACGGAAAACCUUCGCCGGAUUAUAUCGGCAUCAAGUACGACAACUCCGACGAGUCGUUGGUCUUGGACUUCUCCAUGUUUAGGCAGAAAGGCGGUCCUCGCUGUUCCAAGGUGACUCGCAUUUUCUGUGCGUGUGCCAAAGAUAGACCUCAGGCCGAUGGCAGAACAGAUCAACUUUGUUUGAUCCAUAGCAGUCCUCUUCGUACUUAUGUCGAGUCUCUCCAUCACGGCGGCCUAGAUGUUUUGUGGGCGUUGAACACGCUGCUGAAGGCCCUCAAGUUGUCACCAGAAGAAGCUGCAAAAUUCGCCACUCACAGCUGUCGCGUCGGCUGCGCUGUCCACUUGUUUAGUCUAGAGAUCGCUCCAGAACAAAUUAUUCAUCAUGCUCGAUGGAGCGACACGACUAUGCUUUUUUACUAUGCUAGGAAUAGUAAAAAGCAUAGUCGGCCUCCUCAUUGGUCCAAUAAUAUCAAUUGGAUAAAAAAUUCUGCUGUCCUCCAUUCCACGUUGGUGGGCCUCACUGACGAUAAUGACCUAGACUUAGAGUUCGAUUUUGAUAAUCUCAUCCUUGAUGAAGAUGAUGAGUAA